GGUUGUGCUAGUGCUUUGGGUGACAACGGUCAGUAAUGAAGGUGGCUGCGGCGCGGCAGCAGUCUCAGCCACGCCGGGCGGGGGCGGCGCCGGGGCCGCGCCUGUAGGACCGCGGGGCCGGUGCGGCGAGAUGGGGACCUGGCGCGGGGAGUGAGGUGGCGGCGGCGGCGAGCGCUUCCCUCCUCUGGCUCGUCGGCCUCCGCCUGCAGCCCCUCGGCCCCCGCGUCCCGCGGGACCGGGACGGCGACGGCGGGGGCAUGUGGCGCUGGGUCCGGCAGCAGCUGGGUUUUGACCCACCACAUCAAAGUGACACAAGAACUAUUUAUAUAGCCAACAGGUUUCCUCAGAAUGGCCUUUACACACCUCAGAAAUUUAUAGAUAACCGGAUAAUUUCAUCUAAGUACACUGUGUGGAAUUUUGUUCCAAAAAAUUUAUUCGAACAAUUCAGAAGAGUGGCAAACUUCUAUUUUCUUAUUAUAUUUUUGGUUCAGCUUAUGAUUGAUACACCUACCAGUCCAAUUACCAGUGGACUUCCAUUAUUCUUUGUGAUAACAGUAACUGCCAUAAAGCAGGGGUAUGAAGAUUGGUUACGACAUAACUCAGAUAAUGAAGUAAAUGGGGCUCCUGUUUAUGUUGUUCGAAGUGGUGGCCUUGUAAAAACUAGAUCAAAAAACAUUCGGGUUGGUGAUAUUGUUCGAAUAGCCAAAGAUGAAAUUUUCCCUGCAGAUUUGGUGCUUCUGUCCUCAGAUCGACUUGAUGGUUCUUGUCAUGUUACAACUGCUAGUUUGGAUGGAGAAACUAACCUAAAGACACACAUGGCAGUUCCAGAAACAGCAGUAUUACAAACAGUUGCCAGUUUGGACACUCUUAUAGCUGAGAUAGAAUGUCAGCAACCAGAAGCAGACUUGUACAGAUUCAUGGGACGAAUGAUAAUAACUCAACAAAUGGAAGAAAUUGUAAGACCUUUGGGGCCAGAGAGUCUCUUGCUACGUGGAGCCAGAUUAAAAAACACAAAAGAAAUUUUUGGUGUUGCUGUAUACACUGGAAUGGAAACUAAGAUGGCAUUAAAUUACAAGAGCAAGUCCCAGAAACGGUCUGCAGUAGAAAAAUCAAUGAAUACAUUUUUGAUAAUUUAUCUAAUAAUCCUUAUUUCUGAAGCCAUCAUUAGUACUAUCUUGAAAUAUACAUGGCAAGCUGAAGAAAAAUGGGAUGAACCUUGGUAUAACCAAAAAACAGAACAUCAAAGAAAUAGUAGUAAGAUUCUGACAUUUAUUUCAGACUUCCUUGCUUUUUUGGUACUCUACAAUUUCAUCAUUCCAAUUUCAUUAUAUGUGACAGUUGAAAUGCAGAAGUUUCUUGGAUCAUUUUUCAUUGGCUGGGAUCUUGAUAUCUAUCAUGAAGAAUCAGAUGAGAAAGCUCAGGUUAAUACUUCUGAUCUGAAUGAAGAGCUUGGACAGGUGGAGUAUGUGUUUACAGAUAAAACUGGUACACUGACAGAAAAUGAGAUGCAGUUUCGGGAAUGUUCAAUUAAUGGCAUAAAAUACCAAGAAAUCAAUGGUAGACUUGUAUCUGAAGGACCAACACCAGACUCUUCAGAAGGAAACUUAUCUUAUCUUAAUAGUUUAUAUCAUCUUAACAACUUAUCCCAUCUUACAACCAGUUCCUCUUUUAGAACAAGUCCUGAAAAUGAAACUGAACUAAUUAAAGAACACGAUCUCUUCUUUAAAGCAGUCAGUCUCUGUCACACUGUACAGAUUAGCAAUGUACAAACUGACGGCCUUGGUGAUGGUCCCUGGCAAUCCAAUCUUGCGCCCUCCCAGUUGGAAUACUAUGCAUCUUCACCAGAUGAAAAGGCUCUAGUGGAAGCUGCUGCAAGAAUUGGCAUUGUUUUUAUUGGCAGUUCUGAAGAAACUAUGGAAGUUAAAAUACUUGGAAAACUGGAACGGUACAAACUGCUUCAUGUUCUUGAAUUUGAUUCAGAUCGUAGGAGAAUGAGUGUAAUUGUUCAGGCACCCUCAGGUGAGAAGUUUUUGUUUGUUAAAGGAGCUGAAUCAUCAGUUCUUCCGAAAUGUAUAGGUGGAGAAAUAGAAAAAACCAGAGUUCAUGUAGAUGAAUUUGCUUUGAAAGGGCUAAGAACUCUGUGUAUGGCCUAUAGACAAUUAACAUCUAAAGAGUAUGAGGAAAUAGAUAAACGCUUAUUUGAAGCUAGGACUGCCUUGCAGCAACGGGAAGAGAAAUUGGCAGAUGUCUUCCAGUUCACAGAGAAAGAACUAAUGUUACUUGGAGCUACAGCAGUAGAGGACAGACUACAAGAUAAAGUUCGAGAAACUAUUGAAGCAUUGAGGAUGGCUGGUAUCAAAGUAUGGGUUCUUACUGGAGAUAAACAUGAAACAGCUGUUAGUGUGAGUUUAUCAUGUGGACAUUUUCACAGAACUAUGAAUAUCCUUGAACUUACAAACCAGAAAUCAGACAGUGAAUGUGCUGAGAAAUUGAGGCAACUUGCCAGAAGAAUUACAGAGGAUCAUGUGAUUCAGCAUGGGUUGGUGGUUGAUGGGACCAGCCUCUCUCUCGCACUCAGGGAGCAUGAAAAACUAUUUAUGGAAGUUUGCAGAAAUUGUUCAGCUGUUUUGUGCUGUCGUAUGGCACCACUGCAGAAAGCAAAAGUAAUAAGACUGAUAAAAAUCUCACCAGAGAAACCUAUAACAUUGGCUGUUGGUGAUGGUGCUAAUGAUGUAAGCAUGAUACAAGAAGCACAUGUUGGCAUAGGAAUCAUGGGUAAAGAAGGAAGACAAGCUGCAAGAAACAGUGACUAUGCAAUAGCUAGAUUUAAAUUCCUCUCCAAGUUGCUUUUUGUUCAUGGUCAUUUUUAUUAUAUUAGAAUAGCUACCCUUGUACAGUAUUUUUUUUAUAAGAAUGUGUGCUUUAUCACACCCCAAUUUUUAUAUCAGUUCUACUGUUUGUUUUCUCAGCAAACACUCUAUGACGGCGUGUACCUGACUUUAUACAAUAUAUGUUUUACUUCCCUACCUAUUCUGAUAUACAGUCUGUUGGAACAGCAUAUAGACCCUCAUGUAUUACAGAACAAGCCCACCCUCUAUCGAGACAUUAGUAAAAACCAUCAGCUAAGCAUUAAAACAUUUGUUUAUUGGACUAUCCUGGGUUUCAGUCAUGCUUUUAUUUUCUUUUUUGGAUCCUAUUUUCUAAUAGGGAAAGAUACAUCUCUGCUUGGAAAUGGCCAGAUGUUUGGAAACUGGACAUUUGGCACCCUGGUUUUCACAGUCAUGGUGAUUACAGUCACAGUAAAGAUGGCUUUGGAAACUCGUUUUUGGACCUGGAUCAACCAUCUUGUUACCUGGGGAUCUAUUAUAUUCUAUUUUGUAUUUUCUUUGUUUUAUGGAGGGAUUCUCUGGCCAUUUUUGGGCUCCCAGAAUAUGUACUUUGUAUUUAUUCAGCUCCUGUCAAGUGGUUCUGUUUGGUUUGCCAUAAUACUCAUGGUUUUUACAUGUCUAUUGCUUGAUAUUGUGAAGAAAGUAUUUGACCGACAGCUCCAUCCUACAAAUACUGAAAAGGCCCAGAUGUACUCCAACACAGUUGCUUUAAGUGACGAGUUCAUCGCACUGCAGCCAUUGUCGAGGGCAAGGAAUCAGCUGAGCAAACUUAGCUUACUGAAACAAAUUCACGUAUCAAGUGCUUGGACUCCAUGUGCUGUUUCUCAGAAGGAGAAACAGCGUGUGCAUCUGUUGGAAGAAUGCUGGAACGAGUAAUAGGAAGAUGUAGUCCCACCCAUGUCAGCAGAUCAUGGAGUGCAUCGGAUCCUUUCUAUACCAACGACAGGAGCAUCUUGACUCUCUCCACAAUGGACUCAUCUACUUGCUAAAGUGGCAGUAGUACUUUGUGGGAGCCAUUUCAACUCCUUUUCUAAAACUCAGUGUGACCAUCCUGGGAAUGAGCACACUAGCUCUCCAGAAUUACUUUCUGAAAUCUCUGGAGUAGGUCUUAACUACUCAGAAUUAUAAUCGCAAAUAGAAAAAAAAAAACAUUAACAUGAAUCUCUCUUUUAAAUCUGAACAUUUGAAAUAUGUGAGAAUGUGUAAAGAAACAUUUUCCAUCUCUUCUAUCUGGGUUGUCCCUUGUGCUUGUGGGACUCCUAAUGGCAUUUCGGCCUCUUGCUAAGGUCGCUAUAUUUUAACAGCAAGGUAGAAAAGGAAGAAAAUUCCUAGUUAAUUGUACUUUUUAGUAUUAGCUUAGUUAUUGAGUCUUCUAUUUAAAUCUGCUUCUGUAAAUUAUGCUGAAAAGUUUGCCUUGAAAACUCUAUUUUUUUAUUAGAGUUUUAUUUGAAGCUUUUCAUGGGAAAAGUUAAUGUGAAUAGUAAGAAAUUUUGGUCCAUCAGUGACCCAUGUUAUUAAUUCAUUAGUGCUUUCUAAAUUCACAGAGCAUAUUAGGAGAAUGCAUUUCUAACCAUUUUUUUACUGCACUAUGUGGGUAGUAAAUGUAUACUAAUACCAAACUUGCUCUAAAUGUGCUGUAACACCACCAGUAAAAUUAACCAUAUACAUGCAAAGGGUAUAUCAUAUCUUAUAUAUAAAUCAGGAAUCAAGUCCAUUCACCAAAUUUCAAAUUGAUAUUUACUCUUGUGAUGGAAUAUGAAGUGGGUAAAUUAGAUACCAUUAGCAUAUUGUUAUUUAAUGUGUUUAUCAUUGGAUCUUUUGCAUGCUUUAAUCUGGUUAAUAUAUUUAAAUUUGCUUUUUUCCCCCACUCUCUCCCUAUGUGAAAGCUCUAUUUAUAGCAUUUUAUGACACUGUUGUAAAGUUCAGCUAUAUGAAUAAAAAAGAAAUUUGAAUAGUAUUUAAAUACUGCAAAUACUUUUAAUUAUACAGACCAAAAUAUUAGGGUAGUUAAACCAAUAAAAAGAGAAGAACCUUUUUCUUUGGCUUAGAAUUGCUCUACCUUUCAGUAAGCUAGAUUUUAGAAUAAAAAAUUUCAGAUAAGAAUCCUGUUAUUUUAGGUUAGUAUAUGUUAUCUAAGUUACUUUAGACUACCACAGUAAACUGAAAUUUGCCCAGUGCCCCCAUUAUUAGGCAUAUUUUCAGGCAUGGCUGUGAAAUGUAAGUUAAGGUCUAAAAUGCUAGGUUUUAAGGGAUAAUGGCAGCAGUAAGUUAAGAUGCUAGAAUGAUUAAUCAGGUAUGUAUUGUAUUACUCUAACUCACUGCACUUCAAUACUUAAUUUCUGUUAUGAAUUUAUCAUAGAUUCAGUGUUGUCAUUUGUUUUAACAAAAAGUAAUGUUUUAAAAUUUGGAAAUAAUUACUGGUUUAAUAACUAUUAGCCAGCUCUAAGCAUAUAAUAAUUAUGUACCUAUACAUUUAAAAUUGUGUGGAUACAGUUAAAUAAGGUUUGCCAAAAUUUUCCCCUGGGAAGGUAAUAAUUCCUUUUCAUAGAUUUAUUGUGCAACCUUCCACCCCUUUCCCAUUUCAUGAAUAUAAGACUUCUGGAAUUGGGUCAGUAGGGAAAGAAUGGUAGAGUCAAGAAUUAAGACUUCACCUUGGUUCACUAUUUUCUUGCUAAUACAAUGUUUGUGUGUUACAAUAAUGCAAGGACUUUAGGUUAUAAUUUCAGCCUAAAUACUAACUUUCAAAAAUAGCCCCUCUUUAACUCAGAUAUUCCAAAUUGGGUUUAGGAAUAUACUGUUAUUCUGAAGAUACAUUAAAAGGAUAAUAAAAGGUACCAGUGAACACUUAUCAUUUCAUGUUCCAAAACUGGAAAUACUGCAGAAAAUAUUUAGUGAGUAGUUCAGCAGAGGAUAAUUUGGAUUUGCGUCUUCUUAGAAUGUCUUAUAAAAUGUUCAUAUAGCAAAAUAAUGUUCAGUAGGCCAUCAUUACAUCUACCCUACAGUGUUGAUUUGCCAUCAGUUAAACUGACUACUGACACUAGAGAAGGACUACAAACCCAUCAAGCCGCCUCUGACCACCUGCAGCAGGCAGGUCAGCUGGCCUCUAUGGUGCUUAAGGUGUGACUGAUGUAAUUUCCUGCAUUCACUAUUUGAAGUUAUUUAAGAUAUUUAUAAUUUUAAAAAGUAAAUGUCAGCCACUGCUAGGCUCAUCCAAUUCUGUUGUUCAAAACCUAUUCCAUGUAAGGAAAAUUAUCUUAUAAGGAAAGAGUUUACUUCUAUUUAUUUAAGAAAGUAAGUGUCAACUACAAGCUUUCCAUGGUUUUCUAAUGCAAAUAUUCAUAUUGUAAAAUUAUUAGUGCAUAACUGGUAAUCAUAGAAAGUUCCCUCUUGGCACAUUUUUUUAAAGCUUUUUGGAAGGUACGAUGUUGAUAAUUAACUUAUCUGCCAAAACCAGAGUAAGAUGCUACACAUGUUAUUGCUAGUUAAUUAAAGGCCUCAAAUCUGCCUCACUUGCCUGCGUUUGCCUAGCCUGAAGGCUGUAGCCCUAAAGAUAGUAGCAAGCACCAAGUCAGUUCCCAGAAUUGCCCAUCAGCUGCUGUAGGUGACUCAGCACCGUGCCUCAGCUUUAGCAAGCAUCAGGCCCAACCCAGGAGUAAAGUGUGGGUCAGGAAAACUACAGUGGACUAGGCUUGCUGUGGGUGAGGCAAAGGGAGAGAAUAAAACAGAUUGAAUUUCUUUUAACUUGAGGCUUAAUUUCCAUAAUGUCCAAAGGCUUCCCAGACCUGAUCCAAACUCUGGCACUGUCCUGAACAGGAGAUUAAACAGGCAAAUCACCCUCUUAGGAAAUACUUUGACUCAGACCACAGUUACUUCUACUGCAUAAGAUUGUGAAAUUGGGCUUGUGCGAUAAGCUUGAGACUCCUGACAGGCAAGGCCAUUAAAAAGUUGGCAAUUAAUACCUAAAGUUCUUUAAAGAUGCUGCUCUCUGAACAGUUAUUGUGAGCUGAGGAAAAAGGGGAAAUCACCUAUGUUUAUGUUUCUCUUGUAAAGGUCAAUUUGGCGGUAUGAUAUACGCAGGUAUUAAUUUAAAAACACACCAAAGAGUUAUGUAAAACAUGUUUUAUUAAUUUUGGUCCCCCUUUAGAGACAUUUUUAUUUCUAUCUAGAAAUGAGUCAUCUAUUUUCAUAAAGGUAGAACAUUAUUAAAGUGCUGCUUAUGUUCAAGAUAACUUGAAUGGUUUUCUUAUAAAAAUAGAGCAUUACUAAUGAUAUGUUUGUAAUAGUGGUGAUGGAUUUUUGUGAGGAAUUAAUAGCUGAAAAUAAUGGUAGCAACACUUACUUUAAACUUUUGGACCUCAGACACUGUGGCUGUCUAAUUCUUUAAAAAUUCUCUGCAUUGUCAGUAAGUGUAGUAUACUUAUUGUACAGCUCUCAGUAAUUUUUUAAAGUUUAUGAAAUUAUAUUAAAUAAAAUUUUUCCUAUAUAA